ACGGGGAACCAGGACGCUGUGGAGCAUUUGCAUGAUCUCCGUAGCUUGCAAGCUAAAACAUGUCUCGUGCUCAAGCAGAAAGUGUGAUAAAAAACAUAAUUCGAGAAAUCGCCCAAGAAUGUGACGGAAAAGGGCAUGCUGUGUCCGAAACAUUAGUGGCUUUCAUGGUAAAAGCUGUUGUGUUGGACUCACGAAAUCUAUUUAACGUCGAUCGGACUCUUACCAAGCAAGAUGUUAGAAAACUUGUGGAAUUGUGUGUGGACAAACUCAUGGACCAGGGGAGCCCUGCCCUUGACACAAUCAAGAUGCAAGUCUACUUCGACAUGAAUUACACAUCUCGACGUGAGUUCAUUGAGGAGCACCAGCGGGUACUACAGUCAAGGCUAGUCCCAGUGAGUCGAGAAAUCACUGACAGCCGAGUGAAAACACGUGAGGAUCUGGAGGGCCUUUACCAUAAGAUUGUCAGCUAUGUUCUGCUGCGCUCGGGCCUGGGUUCUUCCACAGACAUCACCACAGUGCGAGAGGCUACAGCUGCCUUACAGAGCGUCUUUCCCCAGUCAGAGCUGGGGACCUUCAUGUCCCUCAUCAAGAAGGACAAGGAGCAACAGCUCAACGACCUCAGCAUGAUUGUGACUGGCAUCCGUCUCUUCAACAAAGACAGCAGGAAAGGAGGAGAGGGCAUAGACGACUUGCCAGCUAUUCUGAAUGAAGCCAUUCCAUCCACCAGUAAAGACAUUGAAUGGGAGCUGGAGCUUUCUCAGAGUUUGGCCUGGCAGUACACAUCCUGGCUGGAGAGGCUCCUGGACCCUGAGGUUGAGACCAGAGAAUGUAUUGUUCCUCUGGAUAUGCUUAAACAGGCUCUCUAUAAUGUACGACAACAUGAAGCCUUUCUCAAAGUUAUUUUGGCAGAUGUCAUUCUAUGUGCAAAGCAAGUUGAAACCCUACAGACUGAACUAGCGACACGUAUGAAGCUUUUGAGGGUCACCGUACAUUCAAAGACUGCAGUACCCACUGCACAGGUUUUUCCCCAUUUCACAGCUCUGGCAAAGUUCUGGUCAGGUCUUCAAGAUGAGAUGGUGCUGUUGAGCAUCCUCAGUAACAUAAUGGAGAACCUGCAGCCCUUUCUGGCUGCUCAGUCCCAGCUCUUCCCUGAUGGUCAGUUGGAGGACAUACUGGGGUCGGAGAUCAAGAAGUACGAGCAGAGAAUGAAGGAGUCUUCAGAAAACCGUAUUGACCCCUAUGAGAUCAAAACACAAGAGUGGCUCUUGCCUGAGACAACCGCCAACUUUGACAAAUUACCACUGCAGUACAAUGGAAUUUGUGGUUACACACUUGUGAAGAAGGAUGGGCUUUUACUGCCAGGCAACCCAAGCAUAGGAGUCCUGAAACAUAGGGAGAAAUACUAUGUUUUCAGCUCCAAGGAGGCAGCUUUAAGAUUUGGAUCCAAGCCAGAUGAGUACAUUGCCCAUGUGGCAGAGAAAGCAAAGCAGUCCCCUGAGCUUAUCCAGCUCCUCCAACUCCACCAACAGUUUGCCUGUGUCACUCCAUAUCCUGAGAUGCAGUCAGGGGAGAGACUGUUGGUAAAACCCAUUACAAAGUGUGACAGCAGCACUCAGACAGACACUCAUUUGUUGGAGACCAACAUUGUGAAGUCAUACGAGUGGAAUGAGUGGGAGCUGAGGAGAAAAGCAAUCAAAUUGGCCAAUCUUCGUAGUAAAGUGACCCACUCAAUGCAGACUAAUCUAAGUCACAUGAGGAGGGAUAACGUCACCCAAACCUACCUCCUCGAAGAUGUUGCAUGCCAGAGCAAGAGGGAUGGCAAUAGCAAUGUCCCCAAGCCUCAGGUGUACCUGGCUGGUCUUCGAGGAGGGAAAACCGAGACUACACAUAUGAUAAAAACAAACUUGACCAGAUCAGUAAGUGAAUAACUGUUAUAUCUUCAAGCAAUAAAGAUAACUUUGGAAGUUGGAAGUGCCAGUCUAUUUGUUUUUAAAAAUUGUUGGGCUCAUUGGCCUGGGGGGGUUACUGCCCACAGAAAAUUGUUGUAUGCCAGUAAAAGAAACUGGUCAUAUUGUUUGGACUGAGGAAGGAUAACAUAGAGGGUUACACUUGGUCAAAACAGUGUCUGCCAAAACUGUCCACAUAACUGACUGUAGGAGCAGGCAUGUGCACAAGACACACAGCCUGUCAUAGGCAAAGUUCGAGGGGUAUGACCUCCGGUGGCACGGCGUAC